AUGGCCAGCGUGGCCAGCAGGCCCAGCUCCGACCCGCGAAUCGCGCGUGUCCACCCCGCCCAGCCGUCCCCGCCCCGGCAGCUUGUCCCUGCUAGGGCCUGGCGAAAACUUUGGGCGCCGCGCCUGGGCGCCUCGAUCCGACCGUCCGGGCCCGCGCCCACCGCGGACAAGUGUCUCGGGCCGAGCUGGGCAAACCUGCGCGCCCCACCGCCGCCGCCGCCGCCGCCGCCGCCGUACGAGGCCCAGCUGGACCCGCCCCCUCCGGGCUACUAUUGGCUCCUGGAGCCGCCUCUCAAGACAACCCCGCUGUCGCCCAGGCAACAAGGGAAGCCCCUAGAAUCAGCCUGCACCCCCGGGAUGAGCGUGCGACCACUGGAGGUGGAGGUCCCGGAAGGAUGCAGCCCACCUGGCUUCCGGCAAAAGCCCAUCACCCUGGCUUUGCAGGAGGGUAAGACCGCCACCUUCCGGGCCCUGGUGUGUGGGGAGCCCAGCCCCGAGGUGUACUGGGAGAACAGCACCGGCAAGCUCAGCAGUUCCAGCAAGUUCCAGAUCUCCUCUGGGCCGGGCAGUGGGGAGCACAUGCUGCAGAUCCUCAAGCUGACGGGAGAGGACACGGGCCUGUACCGCUGCAGAGCCGCCAACAAGUGGGGCCAGGCCACGUGCUCCGCGAGGCUGACUGUGAUUGAAGUUGGCUUCCGGAAGAACCGGAAGCGGCAGAAGGAACCCCAGGAAGAUCUCAGGAAGGAGCUUGUGGACUUUCGGAAGAUGCUGAGAAAGAGGGCCCCACCGCCGGCCCCAGAGAAAAAGGUGGACUCCGAGCAGGUGUGGCAGCUGCUGACCACCGCGGACCGGAAGGACUACGAGCAGAUCUGCCGGAAGUACGGCAUCGUGGACUUCCGGGGCCUCCUGCGCAAGCUGCAGCAGAUGCGGCGAGAGCGGGAGGACUGGCUGGCGCAGUAUGUCAACGCUGUCUCCAACCUGAAGCACCUAAAGGUCGGCAAGGACGGGGUGGCCACAUUCGCUCUGGAGCUGGAUCUCAAAGACCCUGAGAGCAAGAUUUACCUGUAUAAGGACGGGGAGAUGGUUCCCUACGGCUCCGACAGCCAGACCAAGCACUGCCUGCGGCGCCUGGGGAAGCGGUACCACUUCCAGAUCCGGGACCUGCGGCCCGAGGACGCUGGCAUUUACCAGGUCAAGGUGGAAGACGCGGGAAUCUUCUCCACGCAGCUGGAGGCGGCUGCCAUCCCCCCCAGAGUGGUGGUCCCGCUGGCCGAGGUCCGCUGCCAAGAGGAGGGUGAUGCCUGCUUCGAGUGCACCCUCUCCAGUGCCUGCCCUGAUGCCACCUGGCAAUUCCAGCGCCGGCCGCUUCGGCCCAGCGGCAAGUAUCAAGUGUCCGUGUCCCCCGACGGGUUGACCCACCAGCUGGUGGUGCGGGGUGCCUGCCCCUCCGACAUGGGCCUCUACUCGCUGGAUGCCGGCCUGCAUGCCUCUAGUGCCUGGCUAGUGGUGGAGGGGGGCUUCCCUCUCUCCAAUGCGGUGAAGGGUGAAGGCCUCCUGGCAACAGGUUCUAACUGCCAGCUGCCAGCGCCAGGAGCCUGGGCCCCAGGAGCCGGAGAUUCUGGGCACCUGGAUGGCCAGGAGGGGGAGCUCCCAGAUCAGGGUCCCUUGGCGGGCUCCCUGGAGGGGGCAGGGCCAGCUUCUGGACUCCAGCAACCAGCAAGCCCUGACGAACUGGGUGCCUGGAGCCACAGGCUAACGGGGUCUCCAGGAAGGGGUGCCCAGGGGCCCUGGGGAACCCUGGGAGUCACGGGUGGUCCCAGCUCUGCACCCAAUUUCUGGAACGGGUCACAGCUCUGUGUGGUUGAGAUGGCUUUUGGGUCAGGGGAUAAAGGAGGCCCAAGGGAUGAUUUAGGGGGUUCUGGAAAAAUUGGGGGCAGCGUAGGAAGCUCUUGGAAAUUGGGCCCCCAGGGUGAGAAGGAGUGCGGGGAGGGCUCUGGGAAGGGUGGGACUUCAGGCUCCCUGGGUGCAGAGGGGAACGCGGAGCCCCCCUUCUCCGGGGGCCUCUCUGCACAGGCAGUGGUUGGGGGUGAGACCUCAGGCCUGUGCUGGUCCCUCACUCGAAGCCGGGAGGACAGAGUCCAGCUUGGUGCCCAGAUUGAAGCCGCAGAGCACAAGGGCUGUGUGGGGGGCACCCAGGCUGGGAGGCACAGCCUGGCCGCGGGAGACCAUCGGAGUCAGGCCACGGGGACCGUCGUGGCCACCUCCUGCAGCCGAGGCCCGCGUGCGGUCAACGCCGGGGUCAGCUCCCGCGCGCCUGUCUCCUUUGAAGUGACUCCGGUAUCGGCGGUGACCCAGCUGAGGGACGGUUCUUCCUUGACUCAAAGAAGCACGGCCAGCACCAAUGUGGUCAGUCCCUCAGACAGCGGCCGCCUAAGCCUGCAGCUCAAGGAUUCCUGGGGCCGGGAUGCAGCCCCCCACUCCCUGCUCAGGGCCACAGCCUGCCCGAGGGCCCCUGGGCCCGUCCGCCUGCAGGAGAAGGUGCCCGGCACAGUCACUGCCGAGUGGGACCCCUCCCCGGACGAGCAGGGGGACGACCCGCUGCACUACACUGUCUUCACUCGCUCCUCGGCAUUCGGCCCCUGGCGCCAGGCGGCCGACCGCGUCCACACCACCAGCUUCACCCUCCUGGGGGUGCUCCCCGGGCGCCAGUACCACUUCCGGGUGGUGGCACAGAAUGAAGCAGGAACCAGCCCACCCUCUGACACACCCCAACCCUGGUGCCUCCCCCGGCCACAAAGAGACAAGUUCACGAUGCCGGUGCCCAGCGCCCGGGAGCCCAACCUGGGCCAGAAACCACAGUUCCUGGUGAGGCUGCGGGCUCACCUGCUGCCCCGUGGCAGUGCCUGCUGCAUGAGCUGUGCCGUGCGGGGCUGGCCCCGACCCCGCGUCACCUGGUUCAAGAACGGCCAGAGCCUGGCGGGGAACCCAGCCGUGCACAGCACCGACAUCCUGGGUGUGUGCUCCCUCAUCCUCUCCAGCGUCUCCCCCGAGGACGGGGGCGAGUACCAGGCUGUGGCCGAGAACAUGCUGGGCCAGGCGGUCAGCACCACCACUCUCAUUGUCAUGGGCUCCCAGGUAAUGCUCCCAGGGUGCCCAGGCGGCAGCAGCAAGUCCCACCCUCAGCUCCGGGUGCCCAAGCCCAGAAGGCGCUAA